UGCAUACGAAAAUCUUUCCAAAAUGUUCACGUUUUUCAAUAUCGAUGUUUCUUUCUUCAUGAUUUUAAUAUUGCAAAGUGUCCUGGGCGACGAAAGUUGCCGAGUACCUUUAGGCAUUAAGACGUCCGCUCUGCCUCCUGACGAUCGCUUUAUAAUCGAUAUUAAUCCUCCGGUGGAUCAUUAUGUACCAGAAGAAUCUUACACCGUUGUCCUUAAAUCUACUGAUGGGAAGGCCAAGUUCAUAGGUUUCAGUAUAUGGCUGACGGGUAACACCGCAGAAAAUCCUGACAACCCAAGGAAACCGAAAUAUUUUCUGGCUGGCCGGUUAUUACCGGAUGACUCGCUGACGAAAUUUGGAGAUCGAGACUGUCCCAAUAACACAGUCAUUCAGACUAAUUUGGUCCCUAAAAGCUUAGUGCAGGCUAAAUGGAAAGCUCCGCCCAAAGACCAAGGCUGCGUGACCAUUCACGCGAUGGUGGCGAUCAGGAACGACAUGUACUACAGCGGUCUGACACGACGCGUGUGCGAGGAUGUGCGCAAACUUGAAGACAUGCCGCCGGACGAAAACCCUAAUUGCUCUGUCUGUGAGGAGGCCAGAUAUAAGAUGAUAUUCGAAGGCCUAUGGUCUUAUAAUACUCACCGACCCUUGUACCCCUUGUCAAACACGAGCUCGGCUUCAUUCAGUGAUAUAGUGGGAGCAUCACACAACAAAAACUUUAAUAUCUUUAUCAUCGACAAAGAGGCUUCCGAGGGAGUUAAAACACUUGCUGAACAGGGAAAUACUACAGUACUGGAGUUGGAUAUGCAGGAAAAGAUUGGCAACAGUGUCCGAAGCAUAAUUAAGGCAACUAGACCCCGCACUACAAAUGCGGCAACCUCCGCUAUAUUCCGCGUGAACCAGAAAUACCACCUAGUGUCAAUAGUCACAGCAAUUUUGCCAUCGCCAGACUGGUUCUUAGGGGCAGCCAACCUAGAACUUUGUGACGCGAGGAAUCCUAAUACGUGGUCACCAAAAAUCACUUAUAAUCUGUACCCGUUGGAUGCUGGAACAGACAAGGGGACGGACUUUAUUUCACCGAACGACAACCUCAUGCCUCCUCAAGCAAUAGGCAAUGUACGAUUUCAAAACCCUUCCAAAGAGAACAAGCCAUUCGCGAAGCUCCACUUCGAGCUCAUAAGAACAUUCAAACUCACUCCGUACUGUUUGACCAAUAAGACCGAGACCUCCGGUGAAGAUGAAGGCGAAGGCGACACCGACAAACCUAAAGAGGAUGAAGAAAACACUGAAAAUGAAGAUGAAGAAUCGAGUGUAAAAACUACCGUGUCCAGUACCAGUGAAGCAUCGCUAGUAACGGAUCCAGAAUCAUCAGCCGAGUGUCCUAUGUCAGCAUGGAGCGACUGGGAUGAAUGCGUGGGUAGUUGCGAGGACGGCAAGCGCAGAGGGCAGCACAAGCGGGAGCGGUACCAUUUGGUCAACAACCACCCCGUCGAGUAUGGGGACGACGAGGAAUACGAGAAGGUACCCGAAACCUGUAGAGAAAUAGAAGAAUUCAACUUUGAACUAUGCGAAGAAGACUGUGAAGAAACGUCGACAGCGGAGCCCGAAACACAGCAACGAGUUGCUCCAGGGAAAAGUUGGUGGUUCAAGUAAUUGACCCUAAUUUGAGCCAAAUUAAAACAACUUUAUGUCGACCGACAAAGAUUAAUUAAACAAGCGUGUGUUACAGUUAAUGAA